AUGAUCAGUCGAAUAAUAGUUGGACUGUGUGCGAUUGGUCACUUGCUUAUUGGCCUUGGAAUCGGGUGGGGCAUUGGACCCGUGGAAUACGAUCCCGAGGCUUUCUUUGUCCGAAGUACCAUGGUUGGCAAAUUGGAACCUGGAUUGGAAACACUCUUCCCGCGACUCUUGGGAUGUCUCUAUGCUUCCUUGGCCAUGGGAUUGUUCUACGCUCUCAUAAUCGUCACCACGGCGGGUAGGGAUGAAACCAAUCAGCAUCAUCAAGUCUUGAGAGUAUCCUUAGUUCCCUGCAUCUUUUAUCAUUUUGGAGCUGCCACCGAUGCCAUGAACCUGUUCCGGGAAGACGCGGGUGCCAUUAAUCCAGACAAGCUGGACCCCAACGAACCCGCCAUUGGGCAUUGCUUCUUUCUCGUCCUGAGUAUUGUUGCCUUUGUCUUGGCGGCGGGAACAAAGAGUUCUGCUACUAGAGCCAAGGAAACGGCUGAAAACGUCCACUCUAGCUCUCGAUUCCCCGACAAGAUGGAUGCCCCAAUGGAAGAUGCCAAUGAUUCCUCGCCCGUCGAGAACAAGCUAGCAUAA